UGAAAGUUAAAGCAGCAGAGAAUUGCAUUAAUCACUCGACCAAAGUGACCACUGCCGUCACAACAUAAAUAACAACGUUUUGAAAUUCUAAAUCCACAGACUCGGGCCGAGUAUCUGACUGUAUUGGCGCGAUCGAAUCAUAACAACUACAAGCAGAGAAAGAGAUAGACAGAGAAGAAAAUGGCGGCGACGGGGCAAGUCGCCGGAGGACUGACGGAGUACGAUCGCCAAGUGUUGACCGCAGUCAACGCCGGAGCGGCGAGCCUCUCAUUCGUCGGGUCGGGCUUCAUAGUCCUCUGCUACGUUCUCUUCAAAGAGCUCCGCAAGUUCUCCUUCAAGCUCGUAUUCUACCUCGCCCUCUCUGAUAUGCUUUGUAGCUUCUUCAGCAUGGUUGGGGAUCCAUCCAGAGGAUUUUUCUGUUACUCGCAUGGCUAUAGCACUCAUUUCUUCUGUGUAGCAUCUUUCCUAUGGACUACCACGAUUGCUUUUACCCUCCACCGCACGGUUGUUAGACACAAAACGGAUGUUGAAGAUAUGGAGGCAAUGUUUCAUUUGUAUGUUUGGGGGACUUCACUAGUUAUGACGGUGGUGCGCUCUAUUGGUAAUAACCAUAGCCACCUUGGUACAUGGUGUUGGUCACAAUCAGGGCGUACUGGAAAGGCAAUUCACUUUAUAACAUUUUAUAUGCCACUCUGGGGUGCAAUUCUUUACAACGGUUUUACGUACUUUCAAGUGAUAAGCAUGCUGAAGAAUGCAAGACGUAUGGCAGUCGGCAUGUCAGACCGGGCUUAUCAAUCUGAUGCCAGAGCAGAAAUGAAGGCUUUAAACCGGUGGGGAUACUAUCCCCUCAUCCUGAUAGGAGCAUGGGCUUUUGGCACAAUCAACCGCAUUCAUGACUUUAUUGAACCAGGUCAUAAAAUAUUUUGGCUCUCACUUCUUGAUGUUGGGACAUCUGCACUUAUGGGCCUGUUCAACUCAAUAGCCUAUGGCUUGAACUCCUCAGUGCGACGGGCAAUAUAUGAAAGGUUGGAUCUGUUUUGGCCAGACAGACUUCAAAGAUGGUUCCCAAACAGUUCAAGGUUUAGAAACCAACAGCAAGAGAGUGAACUAGUGGCACUGAAAAUUGAAGAUCAGCACUAGCAAGUUGGACAUAUUUUAUCUGCACCUGCCAAAUUUUUCAACAUUUCCUCAUUAAAAUUUGACUUGGGACGGAAUUAAGAAAUGAAAGAGGAACACAUCGACGUACAUCGAUGCAAAGUCAACUGCACUCAUUUCUCUCUGGCGAUUCGAACACGACUAACAUCUUCAAACUCUACUUGUUCCAUAAUGAGACUGAUUGAAAUUGUUUUGUGAUUCGAACACGACUAACAUCUUCAAACUCUACUUGUUCCAUAAUGAGACUGAUUGAAAUUGUUUUGCGAUAGAUGUGUCCAUAGAGGGUUGUUUCAAGUAGAAGAAUCUUGUGUAGAAGCUGUGAUUGUGCAAAUAUUGACCCAUUAAGCUGUACUAUUUUACCUAUAGAGAAAAGGCUAGAAUGGUCUUUGUCUCGGCAUUUUAUUUC